AUGGCUCCUGUCAUGCUGCAGACGGUCGACGACGACCUCAAAGACGUCAUCCAACACCUCUUCGAGAUACAGUCCGCCGUCCACGGCUACCUGGGCCCAGAAACCCAGCAAGAGCUCGUCCGCAAAAUAAAAAACCUCACCGUCGCCCUAUCCACCCUAUCGACUCACACCGAUCCCUCCGCCCAGUCAGCGCCCGACUCUGGCAACAUCGACCCCUCCAACCCCCCGCUAUCCACCAUCCAACUACCCCCCGAGAUAAUUGACUACGUGGAUGCGGCGCGCAACCCAGACAUCUACACGCGCGAGUUCGUCGAGCUCGUGCAGCGCGGUAAUCAGGAUCUCAAAGGGAAGCGGGAGGCCUUCGCCGAGUUCCGGGACAUCCUCGCGCGCGAGAUGCGCAGUGCCAUGCCCGAGUGCCGGGGGGAAGUGGACCGUGUGCUUGCUGCGACGGGGGGCGCAGUAGAGGGCGAGGGAGCGAAGCAGUGA